AUGUUUCGUGUUUGGAAGAAGUACCAGGGAGAUGCAGGCAAAGGGCGGGAGUGGUUGGAUAAACGCAGGAUGUUGAACAGACGUCAAUCCCGGAAGGAUGCGAAAGCUAAAAGUUGCAUGGCAGCGCUCAAAGGAUUGGGACUUGAAGUCGGGGGAUUCAAAUUUACCGGCGACCCCGGUUUUCAAUCGUCCGAAUAUUCAGACCCGGACGAUCAGAGCCGCCGUGUUGUUCAGGAACCCGAGUACCGAAUCGCAAAGCUUGUCCAAUUUUUGGGGGCGCUUGAUAUUGCAUACAAAGACAACAAGAAACAAUGCGGAAAUCAAAAGGUCACGCGCCGGGAUUUUGAUAAGGUCAAUAACAAUGUACCUAAGCUCAAGAAGGGGAAGAUACCGGCUUUGUCAUGA